GGACCGAAAACAAUCAGCUGACUUAUAAAACAACCAUUUUGAUUGAGAACCAAAAUGUCAUUAUCGAACGUAUCAAAAUUUUGAAGUUUUUGGCUAUACUUUCUAACAAAUUGGUCUUUUUAUUCUCCUUAAUUAUUUAAUUAUUCUAUUUUUUAUGUCUUGUGUAAUAUUUUGUUAGUUUUUCCUAGUUUUUCCGGUUCAAAAGACGCAUCGCAACUAAAAUCUCGUUAUCGAACGUACCCCCUCAAGCAAACAUAACCUCAUUUUAUUUGUUUUGUUUCUUUGUGUUUGUAUACAAAUCCUAAAAUAAAUAAUUAUGUUUGUAUUGGGUAUAAAUGACCUAUAAAUAAUUAAGAAAUGAGCUCAGAGAAGCUCCUGUUUCGGCUGGAGCAGCCCCACGGAAAUGGGAACAUUUACUUGUCCUGGCAAAAGGGAUCGGGGAUUUAUAUGGCGACAACGGGGGUCGAUUGUAUCGUUAAUAUUUUCGAUAGAUAUGGGGAGAUAAUCGAGAGGAUUCGUCUACCAAACCUUUGUACCAGCUUCAGUUGGGACAUCGACGGUGACUUAUUAGGCAUAGUAUGCCAAUCUCAAUUAAUAAUAUGGGACGCAAACGCUUCUAAAAAAACCGUCAUCGAUGUAGGACUAAAAGACUAUAUGUCUUGCUUGAUUUGGGCCAAAACUGGCCCCUUAUUAGCUGUAGGGACUACCAAAGGGAAUGUCUCAAUUUACAAUCAUAAUACUUCAAAACGAAUUCCUAUAGUGGGAAAACAUACAAAAAAAAUCACAUGUGGUGCUUGGAACAAGGAAAAUCUUUUAGCUCUUGGCUCUGAAGAUAAAACAAUUUCUGUUAGCAAUAUGGAAGGGGACACUUUGAAAGUUAUUAAUUUAAGGGCAGAUCCUACAGAUUUACAAUUUUCUGAUAUUAAACUAGAUGAAAAGAGUAAAGGAGAAAACACUAUUAGUGCAAUUGUAGGCAGGCGCACUUUAUACCUAUACAAACUCCUUGAUCCAGAUAACCCAUUUGAAUUAGCCUUCCAGCAACAUUAUGGCUCUAUAGUUGCCUACCGAUGGUACGGAGACGGUUACAUUUUGAUAGGAUUUUCAGCUGGGUUUUUCAUAUCAAUUUCCACCCACAUAAAAGAAGUUGGACAGGAACUUUUCCAAAUCCGAAACCACAAAACCAUACUCACUGAUAUAUCAAUUUGUCCAGCGAUAGGCAAAGCAGCUUCAUGUGGGGAUACUAGCGUUAAAAUUCAUGAUUUAGCGAAUCUACAAGAGACGUCUAGUGUGUUGAAUUUGCCACAAGAAUCUGGGUUGGAACGGAUUUCUUGGAGCAGUGACGGGCAAUUGUUGGCAGUUAUAACUAGAGGCGGAUCGGUUAAUGUGUAUGUCAGUCAUAUGCAGUUGCUCAGUGCAGUUUGUCCGCCUAGGAUAGCUAUGUUGUCUAGUUUGAAUGAAGUUAGUCUUUAUACUUAUAGUUCUGAUAAGGAGAAACUGAAACCAACCAUUGUCAAUCUGGAUACCGAACCAGCAUUUAUUGGUAUCGGCCAGUAUCACAUGGCAGUGGGAAUGAACAACCGCAUCUGGUUUUACGAUCUCACUAAACCUCAACCAGGCUCAGAAGAAUCCCCUUUAAAACUGGGUGAUCGUCAAUAUUUAGGUGCAAUAACCAGCGUAAAAUUGAAUCCAGAAUACGCUUCAGUACUUUUUGAAGGCAAAAUUCAAUUGCACAUGAUUGAACAACCUGAAGUUUGCCACGAAGAACGUGAAUCAAUACUUUUCCCUGAACCAUCUAAAAAUCUUGUAAUAACCUGCCAUGAAAUCACUACGGAUUUUUUAGUGUAUGGCACAGACACUGGUCAAAUAAUCUAUUUCCACAUUGAAGAAUGGGCCAAGGCAAUUGAAUAUAAUCACAAUGUGGGUAUAAGUAAGGUUUUUUUGGAUCCUGCAGGCACAAGGCUAGUUUUCAUUGAUGUCAAAGGCCUUGGCUACGUCUACAAUGCACCUAUAAACCAACUAAUCCCAAUACCAAAUGUCCCAAAUAAAAUCCUAGGAGUUACUUGGGAUAGUAACAUUUUGGACAGAAAUGUAUUUAUUGUAUACGACGACAGCAAUAUACAUACAUAUUUGUAUGUUAAAUUGCAUUUAGAUGGUACCAGGGUGCUUGAAAUAGGCGAAACUGUUUUGGUAUCUAAACAAACCCCUUUGAUAAUGUACCAAGGAGAAGUUACAUGUGCAACAUCAAGUGGAGAAUUGUCUCAGUUGGGUUUAACAACUCAUUGUGUGUCUCAACAGGUUGGUAUGAUUGAGAGGGACGGAAAAAUCAUGGAAGAGAAUUUUCAGAAGCAAUUGGCAUUGCAUAGGUUUCAGGCUGCCUUCAAAACGUGCCAGAGUCUUAAAUCUAAAGAUUUAUUGCUGGUGUUGGCUGAGGAAUGUCUGAAAUGCCUUGAAAUUGAUACAGCCAUCCAAAUCUACACUCAACUAGAAGAUGUAUCCAUGGUCAUGUGCCUCAAAAACAUCCAGGACAUUGAAGACUGGAAACUGCUCUUGGGUUAUGUUGCAAUGUACCUAAACCAAAACGACAAAGCCCAAGACUGGUUCCUAAAAUCAAACCGACCUUUGGUAGCUCUGGAAAUGAGACGCGACUUGUUACAAUGGGAGGAAGCUUUGCAAUUGGCCCAAAAAAUGGCUCCGGAACAAAUUUCCAUGAUAUCCAGAGAGUAUGGACAACAAUUGGAGUUUUUAGGUGAUUAUGGCAAAGCCUUGAUUCAUUACGAAAAAGGGCUUCAAGAAAAUCUCAGCCCUGAACACACGUUUACUUGUAAGGCUGGCAUUGCCAGAACAACGUUGCAAUGUGGAAAUUACAGGCACGGUAUCAGUAUAGCUGUGGAGCUGGAUAAUAAACAACUCAUCAGGGAAUGUGCUGAAAUAUUAGACAAAAAGAAACAAAUUGCUGAAGCUGCUUUGUUGUUUGAAAAAUGCGAACAGUUUGAUAAAGCAGCAUCAAAUUAUAUAAUAUUGAAAAAUUGGUCAAAAGUAGGUGAAUUGUUACCCAAUGUAAUUUCAAAUAGAAUUCACUUGCAAUAUGCUAAAGCCAAAGAAAAAGAAGGCAAAUUUGAAGAAGCGGCCAAGGCCUAUGAAAAAGCAAAAGACAAUGAUUCAUUGAUACGAUUGCAUUUAGAUCAUUUAAAUAAUCCAGAAGUUGCUGUGGAAAUUGUACAAGAAACUAAAAGCGUAGAAGGAGCAAAACUUGUAGCCAAAUUUUUCCAAAAACUCAACGACAUAACUUCAGCUAUAAAAUUUCUCGUGCUGUCAAAGUGUAUCGGAGAAGCAUUCGAUUUGGCCAAAAAAUCAAACAAAAUUGAACUCUACGGCGAAGUCUUAUUGAAUAGUUUUACAGAGGAUGAAGUUAAACCUAAAGAUUUCGUUAAUGUGGCUCAAUAUUUUGAAAACCAAAAAGACUCCUUGAUGGCUGGCAAAUAUUGGUUUCAUGCAAAAGAAUACCAAAAGUCAAUGAAACACCUUUUACAAGCAGCCAAAUCAAACUCAAAAGAAAAAGACGCCAUUACAACAGCCAUAGACGUAGUAGCUUCUUCAAAUGAUGCAAAACCUAUCUCAAACCCUAAUAGAGUUUCUUUUGGGAGAUUCAGAUGGUUUGCCAAAAGACCCCAAAUAUUUAUUUAGAUUGUAUAUGGCCAGGAAACAAUAUAAAGAAGCCUCUAAGUCGGCUCUAAUUAUUGCAAACGAAGAGCAAAUUAAUGGUUUUUACAGAAACGCUCACGAUGUAUUAUUCGCAAUGCAUCAAGAGUUGAAGCACAACAACAUUAAAAUUCCCUAUGAAAUGUACGCAAACCUGAUGCUUUUGCAUAGUUAUAUUUUGGUGCGGAUGCAUAUUAAAAGGGGCGAUCACAUGAAAGGUGCUAGAAUGCUUAUAAGGGUUGCUAGCAAUAUUUCCAAAUUUCCUUCACAUAUUGUUCCAAUAUUGACUUCGACUGUGAUAGAAUGUCAUCGAGCAGGUUUGAGACAAGCUGCCUACAAAUAUGCAACUACCCUUAUGAAUCCUGAAUAUAGGAAACAAGUGGAUCCGAAAUAUGCAAAAAAAAUCGAAGCUGUAGUCCGGAAAACUCCUAAAAGUGGCAACGAAGCUGAUCCUGUAGAACCCACCAGUCCUUGUCCUUAUUGCGACAAAUCCUUACCUGAAACUGAAGUUACUUGCAACAAUUGCAAAAAUAAUUUACCAUUUUGUAUAGUAACUGGCCAUCAUAUUACCAAUAUUGAUCUUACCAGUUGCCCGAAUUGUGAAUUUCCAGCUUUCAGGGAGGAUUUUCUAGAGGUCCUUAAAACUGAAGAAUCUUGUCCUAUGUGCUCGGAAGUAGUAGACACUGGCCGUUUAGUACGGUUACAGGAUAUCAAGCAAUAUUUGAAUAUUGAAUAAGUUUUAAUAAUAUGUUUUACUUACAUGGAAAAUGAUCUCGUACAAUUUAGCUUUGCAAUGUUUCAUUGUUAGAAUUAUUUAUUGUUAUUUUAUAUUUUGUUGAUUAGAGUGGAACUUUUUAUGUUG